AUGCCACGCUUAGAGGAAUCAGAAAUAAAAAAAUACUGGCAAAUUUUCCAAGGUUUGAAACCGAUUGACAAUAAAGUUAGUGGAGAUACUGUAGCUCCAGUAUUGAAAAAUUCAAGAUUACCACAGCAACAAUUAUCAUCAAUUUGGCAAUUAAGUGACAUUGAUAAUGAUGGGAGUUUGGACUUUGAAGAAUUCUGUAUCACAAUGAGAUUGAUAUUUGAUUUAGUUAAUGGUUCCAUACCCGAAGUACCUGAUCAAUUACCGUCUUGGUUAAUUCCAUCAUCAAAAGCAGCAUUAAUCCAAGCAAAUCAAGCAGUUACACAAGGUAGAAAUAUUGGAGUUGACUAUGAAGACGAUGAAGAUGGGUUAAGUGAAGAUUUCGACUGGUAUAUAUCACCAAAAGAUAAAUCCACAUAUGAAACAAUAUAUCAAUCGAAAAAUGAUCAUUUUGGUAGAAUUAAAUUUGAUUCAUUAAAUUCAUUAUAUUCUACUUUACGUAAUGUACCAACAAGUGACAUAUCAUCAGCAUGGAACCUAGUCAAUCCCAAAUCUUUUGAGACUAUAGAUAAAGAUCAAACAUUAGUAUUUUUACAUAUUUUAAAUCAAAGAGAAAAUGGUAAAAGAAUCCCAAGAGGUGUACCAGCAAGUUUAAGAGCAACUUUCUCAAAAGAAAUUCCAAACUAUGAUUUAAAAGCUCAGAGUAAACCAUCAUAUAAUACACAAACUCAAGCACAAAAAAGAUCAUUUGCUAAUGAUUAUUUGACGAAAUUAGGACAAAAUAAUAGUAUAUCUGAUAAAGGUACUGAUUUUUCAGGAGUAGAAGGGACUGAUUGGGAAGAAGCAAGAUUGAAAAGAGAAUUAAAUAAUUUGGAAAAUUUGUUGGCUGAAGUUACAAAAAGAUCCGACCUGGAUAAUAAAGAAAUUGAAAAACAAAAUAUGAUAAAAUAUGAAUUUGAACAAUUGUUAAAAUAUAAGCAAGAGCAAUUUCAAAAACAAUCUAAUGGUAGUGGUGGUGAGGAUUUAACAAAAGUUGAAAACGAUAUAAAAGACUUGGAAACGCAAGUUGAAUCACUACAAGAAUAUUUGGAAUCUAGGAAACAAGAACUAAAUAAGUUAAAUCAAGAAAUUUCUACUUUACAAUAA